GCUUUUAUCCAAUCAGAUGAUCGUGCGUUUUAUUUUGAACGUGCUAGUGGCGGUUAAAUUGACAUCUCUUGUUUUUACAGUAUCAAGUACGGAUUAAAAUAAAUAGUUACGUUCGGUUAAGCGCUUAUGAGAGGCAAAGAUAUUACUCAAAAAACAUGUCUUCUGUCCAUGGACUGUCAAGCCCCAGAUCAGAUAGAGUUCCACUCAGAGAUGUACAGAAUGAAUUGCUGAAUUUGCAGGACAGUCCAACUCUAAUGCUUAAACAUGCAUCGACACACGAGACAGACAAGCAUGAAGUUGUCCCUGAUGAAAACUCCUCAAGCUUAACCAUCUCAACAGACAUCCAUAGCGAUGGGAAAGCUGUGAAUGGCACUGAUAAAUAUCAAGACGUCAUAUUAAAAUCCUUUGUGUCUCUCGAAGAAGAGGUUGUAGUUGAGGAUGAACCUGUAAUGUCAGAAGAGUCUGUUCUCAUCAGGCGUCUGGUUCUUGAGAAUAAUGAGCCACUUCAGAGUGACCCAAAUGGAACCACUGAACCUGAUUGCACAGAAGAUAAUCAGACCACUCAAGAGCAUGCUGAUCAUCCAUACUAUUAUAGGCACAAAUCUACUGGUCUAGAUGCUUCAUCUAUUUUGUGUCAGGAGGAAGAAGUUUCCACCAAUGAGCUGGGAAAUAUCACAUACAAAUCCCUCAUGUGCUUGGGUGGAGAGGUUCAGGUUUCCGAUAAUUCCGCCAUCUCUGAAUCCUUUCUCAUAAAGGAUAUAGCAUCAGGAAAUUACUCACAAUGUAAAAAUGUUCCUAUUUCUAAAGUGGACACAGACUCCGGAUCAGCAAACAGUCAACCUUUGGGUCAUUCGUACUGUAAUUGGAAGUCUUUAUGUGAAGAUAAUAGCACCAUCAGUACAGUUGAUGCAGAUGACGACUCUCAGACAAAUGUUGCGCAGACUGUAGGUAUUCAGUGUACCCCUAUAAAUACAGUGAACCUGAACAAACACGAUCAGGCGGAUCUCUCUGAAAUAUGUCAUGAUGUAUCUAGCGAGAAAGGAGAAAUCACUUUUAAAGGCUUGUGUUGUUCAGGAGUUGAAAUCGAAAUCGAUGAUCUAUCCAAUGUGCCAAAAAUGUCUGCGCUUAUGGACAAUCUUGCCAAGGAGCAAAGUCUGUCUUGUUUAAAUGACACCAGUGAAGAUGAUGGCAAAAGCUUGACUGCUUUGACACCAGGAAGGAAGCUUGUUGACCAUAUUUACUGCCAUGCUAAGGAAAAGCCACUGGUCCUAAAUGCAUCAAUGACUGAAAAUGAGGUCUGUUCCAAGUCACAGCUUUUCUCGCCGAGUCUUUUGGAAAAGCCUGAAAAUACAUCUAACCAGGAGUCAAACCAACAUUUGACAGUAUUGAAUGGUAAAAAUAAUACUAAAAGUUCAGAUGUUGUACAGUUUAGUGAUGAAGACAAAUACAAUGUACCCAGGGAUGACUCUUCUGUCAUGACUAGAAAUGAUGUGGAGGGAUGCUGUGAUCAAGAGUUUCUGUCAGAAAGGAAAGAGGCAGUUUCAUGUUUCGCAGAAAACCUUUGUCCUCAAGUUGAAAAUGUUGGCUUGGAAACCAGCUUUCUUAAAGAUGAGACACUGGGUUUAAAGGAUGAGGAAGUCCACCCAGAGAUCGAAGUUAUGCGGUUCUGUGAUAGAUCUGGUGAAGCUGUCUCUGUUCAUCAGGAUCUUCUGAGUGCUAUUGCUCUAACAGGUUCCUGCACUCCAAAGACUCCCACUCUAAGCAGGAGUGUUUUACAUGACCACACAGCUGAGAACCCAAUGAGUCAUUUGUGGCCCGAGCUUCCGGAGAGUCCAUUGCCUCCUCCGCUGUUGAACUCCACAUCUCUGGCAAAUGCUUUAAGCUAUACACCUGUUCCUCAAAACCCACCCAAGACAAAGGAUGUGGAACCUAAAAUGGCUUCUGCAGACCAUCAGAAGCUAUUGAAUGCCCCUCCAGUUUUGGGUGAUGGACCUCUGCAGGAACAGCUUAGACAGAUGGCUGAAUUGUUGAUGGUUGCUUCAGGGAAGAUGGUUGCUCCUACUCCAGCAACACUGAAUCAUCGCAGUGCUUUGGUGGGCACUUCUCCAGUAGUGAUGCGUAGCGCUUGUGUCUGGAGCACCCCGGUUCAGCGGAUGGAGCGGAGCGUUAAUACUUCAGCAGCAGUAGAAAUUUUAAAGGAGGUUGAUGUUUCUGAUGCCAGCACUUCAACUGACUCUCUGUUGUGGAACCUUAUGCCUGGAAAUAUGGAGCAACUGUCUAGAUCAGAGUUGGAGCAGAGAUUGACUUCUAUGCUCAUCAUGGUGGAGGUUCUUUCCCAGCAGCUGGCUUCUGCACGGGCUCAUAAUUUGAGCAAAAACACUUCUCCAUCAGAUCUCAGAGAGAAACUCAUCCAGACAGACCACACUGAGCUUAGACAGAAUGGUACAUAUAAAGAUUUGUAUGACACUGCCCUGAAGAGAAUUCAGAGUCUUGAGCACGAUCAGGAGGUUCUUCACAGUUUAUACAACGACAUUAAAGCAAUGAGGAUUGGGAUGGAUUCUUUUAAGUCUAGCACAGAGGAUGUCAUCUUAAAGAUGAAACAGAUUGGAAAUACUGUCAAUGUUGAUCAGGAAACUUUAUCUAGACAGGUCAGUCAGAUGAAGUCUCUUUGUGGGAGGCACAAGGAAACGCUUCAGAGGAUGGAGCAGAAGAUGACAGAUAUGAGACAUCGCAUGGAAAAGGCUCUAGAGGAGAAGGAAUCGGCCUUCAGUGUAACACAGCAGUUGAGGGACUAUCAUGCUGCUCAGGUGGCAGAACUAGAGCAUACCGUUGGAUCUCAACAGGAACUGAUGUCAGCCCUCAGACUGGCUUACCCAUCACUGGUUGAACUGAACAGGUCAUACAUGGAAUCCAUCAGUGCAGCAAAUGAUCAUUUGAGAAAGAAGCAAGAAGAUCACAUGAGCUUGUCAGCGGAGCUGCGAAAGGCUCAAGAGCUGAUUCAGAGGAUAAACCCAGUGCUUCACCACCUCCAUCAGAGGACUACAACUGCUGUGGAGAGCAGCAAGCAACAUCUGGAAAUGAAAGACAGAGCCGUGGAAGAGAGAGACCUGAUGGAAAAUGAGCUAGAGCACAUGAGAUCAAGUUUGCAAGAUGCCAGUCAACAGAUUUCAGACUUGAACAUGCAGCAGACCAUUAUGACUUCAGAGAUGUCAGUGCUGAGGGAGCAGCUGAAUCAGGCAGAACAGGAGCGCUUUCAGCUGCAGAGGAGGAGCACUGAGCUCUCAGCCACUGUCACAUCUACGCUGGCCUCUUACGCCUUCCUAGAACAGACCCUCGCCUCUGAGACCAGCAAGUCCCAGCAGUCAAUGUGUGAUGCACAGCAAGCUACGGAGAGAGCAAACCGGCUUGAGGAAGCUCUGGAGACUUCCAGAAAGCAGCUAGAGGAAUAUGAGGACACACUGUCACAUAGAGAAAGCAUGAUUAAAGAACUCCACGCUGAAGCUGAGAUUCAUCGCCACCAGCUCAGUCAGCUGGCUCAACUCAAUACUGACCUAUCUAGUGCCAAAGAAAUGAUUGAGUUCUUGCAGGCAGAAAAUGAAAUGGCCCGGGAACAGAUGGAGGAAAGUGAGCGAUUGCUGCGGUGCCACUUACAAGGCCUGAGAGAGAGAAAUUUGGAGUGUGAAGACCUCAAGCUAGCACUGGAACAAUUGCGGCUUGACAAAGAGUCCCUUCAGGAAGAGCUGGACAGUACACGAGACAAGGCCCGCAGCAUGCUACUGGAACAAGAAAAGCAGAUAGCUCAGGCAUCAAAUGAUGUCAUUCUUCUAAACCACAGAGUUUGCUGUCUCGUGAGCAUCUUAAAGGAGUCCCUAGCCUUCAAGGAGUCCGAGAACUCUGAUAAGACAUUGCAGUGUCAUCGGCAUCCCUCCAGCUCUUUUGUGGAUUCUAUUAUGGUGGCGAUGAUGAAGACCCAGGAACAUGAGACGGAGUCUCCUAAGGGUUCAGAGGAGAGGGAGGUGCAACAAGAUGUCAUUGGCAGUGAAACCAGUGCUUUUACCCGAAUACCACCAACUGCACACACAGACGUGAAAGUGGAAAGACGGAGCCGUAUGUUGGAGCUGUUGUCUGAUUUUGAUGAGACCAUCUCAGAUCUUCAGCUCACCCUAGACCAACUGAGAAUUCAUCAAGAAACGGAGCAGCAGACUCUAAAGCAGACCACAUGCGGCCUGCAGGAGGCGCUGCAGGAGGAGUCUCAGAGACACAAACUGGAGGUCUCCGAGCUGAGGCAGGACGUACACCGGCUGCAGGCUCAGGUGGAGAAAGAUGCUGCGCUCCUGCAGCAAAAAGCCCAGGAUGAAAGAAACCUGAGGAAACUGUGCAGUGAGAUGGAGGAAAAUUUGGAGGCGGCACACAAAUACAGAGCAGAGAAUAGUGAGUUGCGUCGAGAAGUUGCUGAUUUGCGUCGGCUAGAACAGCAGGCUCAGGUGGAGGCUCAGGUCUUGAGGGAGGAGCUUAGCCGAACUGGAGUCCAAUCAGCUGCCAGUGCUAGUGCAUUAGAUGAAAAAAUCAAACUGCUCAGAGAGGUUGAGAAGCUCAAGGCAAAUUUAAUGGAAACCGAGGAAAAUCGUGCCAAGGUCUUGGAGAGGGCGAAACGACAUCAAAGGGUCCAUGCGAUGAACCAGAGUAAACUGGAGCGAGAACUGCAUCUACUUGAUGAUAUGAUUGAAAGAGUAAGACAGACAUUGUCUUCUGUUCCUGAUCUUGUCAAAAGCUGUCCUGAACUACAAAAGCUUGUAGAAUUUCUUGGAUGAGUUACUAAAAAUUCAGAAAUGGCUUUUUAGUUUUUAAACGCGUCAUUGUUAAAUAAACAGUUUUUUUGAUUUCUUCUCGAACAUGUUCUUAUUUAAACUAAAGAAUAAUCUUCAUACUUUCUGUCUGGUGUAGUUGUAGGCCAAUCAGCUCAUUUUGUAAGAUUCUUUUUCAUUUAAUUUUGUAAGUGAUAAAUUAGUGCAUGGAUAUGCUUUGUUUAAAAAAAGGUGUCUUUAAUUUAAAGGUCUGUACUCGUAUUAGACUCUUAGAAUUGUUAUCAGGCGUUUGAGAUUCUUGUAUUACAGAUUGAAUUGAAACA